AAGGAAAGUCUGAAACAAGACAGAUCGAAGACAGCAAGACAGUGGGACAGCGGGACAGCGGGACAGCGGGACCAGCGGGACCCAGCUCGCAUCCGACACACACACACACAUCCGACACGCCGGGUCGCGCCCUCCCGCUGCUGCUGCCAAUGACCUCACUAGGUUAUAACCACCUCGCCCUCCCUCUGGAAAUUGUACCACCACCACCACAACAAUGCCGCUCCUCCGCCUCGCCUACAAAACAAUCCAUUACACGGACCUGUCCCCCACCACCAGCACCCCGCCAAAAGGCACCAUCCUGCUCACGCACGGCCUCGGCUCGUCGCAAAACUUCUACGCCGCGCUCUUCCCCGCCCUGCUGGCCGCCAACUUCCGCGUCAUAGCCUACGACACGACGGGCGCGGCACGCAGCCCGUACACGCAAAUCGAGCAGUCGAUCGCGACGCUCGCCGACGACGCCAACGCGCUGCUCGCCGCGCUCGACGUCCCCCGCGCCCUGCUGGUCGGGCACAGCAUGGGCGGCACCGUCGCCCUACACGCCCUCGCGCAGCACAGCCCGCGCCUCGCCGGCGCCGUCCUGCUCGGCCCCGUGCACCCCACGCCCGGGGUCGCGGACGCGUUCGCCGCGCGCAUCGCCGCCGUCGAGAAGGACGCCAUGGACGCCAUGGCCGCUGUGGUGCCAGCAACCGCCUUGGCAGCUGAUGCGGCGCCGCUUGCGCGCGCGUUUGUGCGGGAGCUGCUGCUCGCCCAGGAUCCCCGCGGGUACAUCUCGCACUGCCGCGUUAUCGCGAAUGCGACGCCGCCGGAUUAUGCCAGCGUAAAGGCGCCCGUGCUGCUGCUUGCGGGGGAGGAGGACAAGGCCGCGCCGCUGGCGAGUUGUGAGAGGAUUGUGGAUGCGUUGGGGAGCGGGCGGAAGGGGUUGAGGGUGUUGAAGGGGGUGGGGCAUUGGCAUGCGGUUGAGGCGCCCGAGGAGGUUGGGAAAGCUAUUGUCGAGUUUGCGGGGGAGAGUGGUUGUUUUGAGUAAUUAUGUGCUCUUCUUAUUCUUCUUCUUCUUCUUCUUCUUCUUCUUCGUCUUCGUCUACUACUGCAUACAUACAUACACACACGUCCCCC